AUGUUUAAUGUUCGGUGGCCAUCAUUGCCUUCACUUGGGUUAUUUUCAUCCUCGCCCACCCAGGCGAUCGAUCUACCCCCGGUCAAUAUCCAUGCAACCGAGACAGCUCAAGACAAGCCAGCCCGGGCAUUUAAGCACCUACUGAAAUUGAACCAUGUCGAGAACUCACUGUUCGACCGUCAGAACUUCCCUAACCAGUUGAUACAUCUCUUGAGCUCCUCCUUUCUGCAAGGCGCAGACGCCGACGCUUUAGGUCGGUUAUACGAGAAGAAAACGGCUAAUCUAAUUAAAUGGAAGCCAUCACCGGCUGAGAUUACUACUCUUGACUGGCGAGGCCACCUGGGAUGUCGAAAAUUUGAUCGAGCUUUUGUGGAUUUGUUCGAAGAUGAAAUGGUCAAUCUCAGCUAUGACUGGAAGGAAGCUGUGGCCGAAUACCUGUUUACCGACAAAGAUCCCAUGUUUGAUUCUAUAAUGGCUUCUCUUGGAUUGCCAUUGAUCCAUCUUGCGUAUGCCUUUGAGAUGGACAGUCGUGAAAUCGCAAUGGAAGCACUCGCCCUUGCGGCAACCUGUCACAAUGACAUAUACAAGAGCCUGGGAUGCCCUAGUCACUCCAAAAACGAUUCAUCAUAUGAAUCAAAGUCUUUUUUUGCCAUUCUUGAUCUGGUUAGGAAAGAUGAGAACUUGGAUGGCCUCUUUUCCGCUCCCGGCAGCGACAACCUCGAAGCCCUUUUUUCCAACCGCAACGCCGCGCUUCUCAACCACUGGCAGGCAUGGAAGAUAGAGAAUCCGAUUGAACAGUUCCGCGAGAGCCAAGAGCUUGCAGCUGCCUUGCUAGUCGGAACAGCAGACGAUUCCACGGGGCAUUACGAUUGGUUCUUCGCUUUGAACCUCGUAACAAGUCACGCCGUCCGUGUCGUGCUGCCUUUCAUUCCUCCCCAGUUCCAACUUUCUCUUCUUCGGCAAUGGUGGUUAAUCUGCGUUGGUAUCUACGUCGCGCAAUUGCGGCCCGAGAUCAAAAUGGACCAAAUCCGGAAUUAUGAUCUGAAUGGAAAGGACUGGGAAUGGGUUGCCGAGAAAGCUGUUAAAGGUGAAUACUCAUCUGAUGUGUACUUUGUCACGACUACCCGAGCACUAAAGGAAUUGGCCUCGACUUGGGGCGAUUCCGAUAGCUUCUUUUGA